UCGUUGUCGCUCCCUUCUCGAGAUGUCGGAUGAGGAAUCCACACAGCAAUCAUCAUCAUUGAGCCCCGAAGAUGCCGCCUACGAAGCCGAUCGCUUGGCCAAGGACGCCGAGGCUAUGAAUGCCAUGAAAGAAGAGUCAGCGGCCGAAUUUGCCAAGCUCCGUACGCCAUGGAAGUGGGUGAUUCGAAAACGGAUCUGGGACCUGAUGGAAGCCAAGGAUAUUGCACGACCUCCUCGCCCCGUUCAUCAUCGAAUCCCCAACUUUGACGGUGCAGCACGAGCCGCCAAUCGAUUGCAACAAUUGCCUUGUUUUCAAAAUGCCAGCAUUAUCAAAGUCAAUCCAGAUACACCGCAAAAACCAGUUCGACAAUGGGUAUUGCAAAGCGGGAAAACGCUCUUGACACCACAACCACGGUUGCGAACGGGUUUCUUUUCCAUCCUUUCCAAAGACACCAUCCCGUCGGGUGUGAGAGUGGAGGAAUGUACCACAUCCCGGGGUGUCGCCAAGUACGGGACGCCCAUUGGAUUAGACGAAGAAUACACGGUCGAUCUUGUCGUGGUGGGGUCCACGGCAGUUUGUCCCACCACGGGUGCUCGCGUUGGCAAGGGAGAAGGAUUUGCCGAAUUGGAAUGGGGCAUUUUGUCGUUGCAGGGCAACUUGGACGCUUCCAAAACUCUGGUCGUCACGACGGUGCACGACGAGCAAGUUGUGACAGACAUGCCUCCUGGCCAAUUGACCAAGCACGACGUUCCAGUGGAUAUCAUUGUGACGCCCACUCGCACUAUUGAGGUGCCCAACCGAGUACCCAAACCCAGUGGGGUCUUUUGGGAUUUGCUGAGCCCUCAAAAGUUGGCCCAAAUACGUGUUCUACGGCAACUAAAGCAGAGCAUUGAAGAAAGGGGCAGUGUUACGUUGCCAUCGGGUCCCGAUGAAGUCUUGCCGCCCACGGCCAAGCGAAACAACAACAACAAAAAUCGUGGUGGUGGAGGCAGCAGCGGCGGCGGCAACAAGCGCAACAAUAACCGCAAUCGAAACAGAAAUCGAAACCGACAAGGAAAACCAAAGGGGGGAGGUGACAACCAAAGCAAGCCGAAGAAUACAAAGGAAACCUCCUAA